CUGGAUACAGAGAGUACUGUUUUUGAGAGCUAUACAUACACACAUGCAUACAUACGCAUGAAAAGCAGUAAGAAGGCAGGGCCAACUCCACCUUCCCCUCUCUCUCCGCUUAUAAAUACUAGAGCCACACUUACCUUAACCAUAUCCUCCCUCAAGAUUCAGAAGAGUAAGGAAUAGCUAGAGAAGAAACAAAAUGAGACCCAUUAGAAUCCUUAGCUCCACCGCAACAGCAAAUGCCUUGCUUACACCUCCUACCAUCACGCAACAACGCUCGCCAUGGCACUCUCCGGUGCCAUACCUCUUUGGAGGUUUGGCAGCUAUGUUGGGCUUGAUUGCGUUUGCCUUGUUGAUCUUAGCUUGCUCUUAUUGGAGACUUGCUGGUCGCUUAGAUGAUGGUGAAGCUGCUGACCAGAGAGAUCUUGAAAGUGGUAACGAGAAAGAGGAUGAUGCAGGCAAGUCAGGGAAGAUUUUUGAGGAGAAGAUUUUAGUGAUAAUGGCUGGUGAUCAGAAGCCAACGUACUUAGCCACACCAGUGUCUAGCAGAGCUUCCUCUUUCGGUGACAAAAAUGCCAAGAUUGAAAACAAAGAGGAAGAGAAACCAGAAAAUGCUGAUAAGACAAAAGGGGAAACUGGUAACCAUGUUCAAACAACUACAGCAGCGGUAACAUCAGAACAAGAUCAGGAACAAGAACAAAAUAGAGAGCGAGCUCAGGAGCAAUACCCAUGAGCUGCUACUCUGUUUUUUCCUCCUUCUCUCUCUGGAUAGUGCUUUCCAGAAUCCAGAGAGUUCUCUUCUUUCAGUUUUUUCACGUUUUCAUUUGUUGGGUUUUCGGUUUUCUCCCGGAUGUGUAAAUUUUUGCUGAGAUUAAAUAGAUAUGAGCAUGAGAGAGUUUUCAGUUUU